UAUAUAUAUAUAUAUUCAUAUGUGGACGGCACCCACUUCUGUUAUUUUUUUCAGAAUCCCCCAUUCUGUAAAAAAACCAAAAAAAAAAAAGCCAAGUGGAAUCGGUCUGCAUUCUUUAAGUCCGCUUUAUAUGUGUGUCUCUGUAUAAAUAUAAUUGUCGCAUUUAAUCAAAUUUCAUUACACCGAUCGUUUUUGCCUUCGCAAACCAGGAAGUGAAACGGUUGACUCUUUAGCUUUUUAUUCCCGAUGAAUAUUGAUAUUUUUUUUUACAGAUUUCUAUUAUUUUAAUAUCUAUAAUUUUAUAUAAACGUGAGCAGUGAACAAGAAGUACAUCAUAUUUCUCAGGAACGAUUUAUGCAAACCCGAGUUUAUUUUGUAAAACACGUGGACGAUCUCGGAUCAUUUUUAGAUCAUGCUUUAUCCAAUGGUUUAUUGACUGAGGGACAUAAAAAUGGAAUAAUGUCCGAAAGAAAUCCUGACCACCAAAUACGAAAGUUACAUGAUUAUAUAUUCAAGAAACUUCCGAAUGUUUCAGAUAAAUUGAUGUCAGCCUUGAAAAAAUCGAAACAUUUUAAGAUAUUUGAUCUUUUAGACGAUCCGUCAGUCUACCCGAUGAAAUUCAAACCUCAUGGUCGUGUUAUAUUAAUAAAUAAUGUGAAAUUUCCCGUUGGGAGUAAAUACAAUGAAAGGCUCGGAAGCGAAAAGGAUGUGGAAGGUAUCAGGGAACUUUUCAAGGCUUUCAAUUUCGAUGUUCAACUUUAUUCUAAUAAAACGGCCGAGGAAAUGGAAGGAAUAAUUGAGAAAACAUCGAAGGAAAGUACAGACCGUGAAGAUUGUUUCGUUAUGUUCUUGAUGUCACAUGGUGUUAGAGGGAGUAUCAUUGGAACUGAUGGUAAGGAAUUAUCUUAUUCCACUAUUAAUACCAUUCUAAAGGAGAGUUAUGAGCUGAAAGACAAACCAAAACUCAUUUACGUAAACACUUGCCAAGCUUAUUUUGAAAAAGAAGAUGUCGCGCAAUAUUUCAACGUGGCAGACCUACAUGUUACUUUUGCCACGGUUCCAGAAAGCUUUGCUUACCGAAGUAGGAAGAAAGGCAGUCUUUUCAUUAUAUCUUUACUCAAAGUCUAUGAAAAUAAUAAAAGCAAGUGCGACAUCUCAUCAUUAUCAGUUAAAAUAAAUUCACAAGUUUCGAAGGAAUGCAAAGAGAUUAACAUGGAUCAGGUUUCAAGUUGUUAUUCCACCUUGAAGAGAAAGGUGAUUCUUCGAGCCACAGAUUAACCUAAUUCUCUCUUCUCCUUCUCUCAUUAAAAUAUAAAGAAAUUGAACAACAAUGGUAUGUACGUUAAACCUUUCCAAAUUCGCCUCCAUCCACAACCUAAUCUGUUAUUCUUGGAUUCCACUUCACCUGACUAAUAAUUAUUUCUGAUUUCGGUACAAAGCCAACAAUUUAAAGAGGAGGACUUAUCAGACACCAUUCUCUGCAGAACUUUAUUUUAUUUUAUAAAUUACAAACGAUAUUUCUUUUGAAUUCCUUGA